AUGGACAACUCCGCCGUUGCCAGUGUGUCUCCGCAACCCGCCGCAUCCACCUCCGCACCGCAAUCGCAACCUCCCACCAACCCCCCACCGAACGCACUGUCUGACUACCAAAAUGCCAAUCCCAACACCUCCAAUGGCUUCACAAGCGCUGCAUCCCCCUUCCCACAGUAUUCCGCCUCAACAGCAGAAAUUCUAAAGCGCGUCUCCGCCAACGCGCUCGGCACCCAAGGAUGGCAAGCCGCGCGAGAACAGGUGCUGAAGGGCAUGGUCACAACCGAAAGCAUCGCUACGCCGCCACCCGCGCCUACAGCCAGCAAGCGCGGUAGGGGCCGCUCAAGGGGAGGCUCCGCCACGGCGAAGACUAAAGCCGCCGUCGGAGGGAACGGCGCAUCGUCUUCAGCAGCUUCCUCCAGUCCAGCGGUCGGACGCGGGCGAGGGGGUGGCCGCGGGCGUGGACGAGGAGGCGGCAGAGGCGGCAAGCGGAAAAAAGCAAACAGUGAGGAAGUCAGCGACGACGCCAACGACUCCGACGUCAGCAACUCCUACACCCCCCUACCGUCCGCGACGCGCUCGGGGCGGGCGGUCAACAAGCCAACGCAGUAUGUGCCGACGCUGCCGUCGCCGUCUGCGGACUCGGCGAAGAAGAGGAGGAAGACGAAUCGCAAACCCAGCGAGGCGAGUCUGUGUACGGUUUGUUUGAGGGGCACGAGCCCGAAUAACAACAUGAUUGUGUUCUGCGACGCGUGUAAUACGCCGUAUCACCAGUACUGCCAUGAUCCACCGAUACCGAGGGAAGUGGUGCAGAAGGUGGAGGCGGAGUGGUAUUGUGCGGCGUGUGUGAGAUCGAGGGAAGCGACUGCUGCAGCCGCUGUGGCACAGACUGUAGGUGGACUGGUAGCGGGAGAUAGUUUGACGGCAGACGAGAAACGCGCCUACUUCUCGACUCUCCCUCCGGCAACCCUGAUAUCUCUCCUAGUGCAAGCAAGCGCGGCACAUCCGUCUCUAGCCCUCUUCCCGCCGGACCUAAAAUCCCGACUUCCCAUGACUUCGGGCGCAGACGAGCUCCCAGACGCGCCCUCCGCACUCCCUCAGGAGCCAUCCCAGCCCACAGCUAACCCGAUACCCACCCCCGCGCCCUCCAGCGCCGCACCACCACCAACCAACUACACCUCCGUCGCCUCCCUAGCUCCCGGCGUCACCGCGCCCGCAUCUACAUCAACAACCACACAACCACAGCCCCCUCCGCCUCUCGACCCCGCCCUCAACACCCCCAGCGCCGCUCCCACCACCACAACCAACCCUACCUCAGCUCCCGCUCCCGCCCCAGACCCCUCCGCCGACGCCGAAGCCGACGCCGAAUACGAGCAAGAAGCGGACCACUACUCCGACGACCCGCCAGCGCACUACCCCAAGCCGGGCAACGGACUCGCUGCCACCAUGCGUCCAGAGGCUGAAGAUCUGCACUGGCUUGUCGACGACAACUCGGAGGUGUUUCAGCACUUGUAUCGCGAGAACGACGCGCAGGGCGUGUUGCAUGGAGGGAGCGAUGGCGCAGGAGUGGCUGGAGCCGGGACGUCGGGCUGA